GUCGGUAAGGAGACGUAGCUUUCCUUGGGGUCCGCUACUACAGUUGGUCUCCGGCGGGAGCCGAGGGGUCACUCUGUACUUUUAUCCGCACUGCGCUCCCUCUGAGGCUGAGGAGGCGCUUCCCUUCUCCCAGGCCCUUCCUCUCCGGCGCUGGAUGCUCCUUGCCCUGAGGGAUGGAAGCUUCCUGGCGCCAGGUGGCCGGUGGCCGAGGCCGAGCCCGAGGACGGGCCACUGCGGCCCCCUCUUCGGGAAAUGGAAUCCAUCUUCGCGGCGCCGGAGGGGGGCGAGAGAAGGGGGCAGUGGGUGCUGCUGGUCCUGGCCCCGGCCCCAGAGGAGCCGCGACCCCUACGGCUUCAGGUAGCUCAGCCCGGCGCGGCCCCGCGGGAUCUGAAGCUCCGCAGACGUCCGUAGCCGGUGAGCUAAUAUCCCAAAGGAAGUUUGAGGAAAUCAAGAAGGCCAAUCAAGCUGCAGCCAAAAAACUUGUUGAAGAACACUUUAGCUCUUCCUCUGAAGAAGAAGGAGAUGAAGAUUUUGAAGGAAAACAGGGAAAAAUAGUUGCUAAUACAUUUACAACUUACACUACUCAGACAGAUGGAGAUAUGCGUGAAUUAGAGCGAACCAAACAGUAUGUACACGAAGCUUUCCAAGCAGGGGCCAUGACUUGCUUAAUUUGUAUUGCUUCAGUGAAGAGAAACCAAGCAGUUUGGAGCUGUUCAGGAUGUUUCUGUAUAUUUCACAUGCCCUGUAUCCAGAAGUGGGCUAAAGAUAGCCAGUUUCUAGUAUCUUCUCCUUUGACAGAUGACGAUUUUGGAAAGAGAGAUUAUCCUUGGCCAUGUCCAAAAUGUAGGUUUGAAUACAAGCGAUCUGACACACCUAGUAGGUACUAUUGCUACUGUGGAAAAGUGGAAGAUCCACCUUUAGAUCCAUGGCUUGUGCCUCAUUCAUGUGGCCAAGUAUGUGAGAGAGAAUUUAAGCCUCCUUGUGGCCAUAAGUGUUUGCUCCUCUGUCAUCCGGGUCCCUGCCCUCCUUGUCCAAAGAUGGUCACAAUUACUUGUUACUGUAAGAAGGCAAAACCGGUCCCUCGUAGAUGCAGUGCCAAGGGAUGGUCCUGUCAGCUGCCUUGUGGGCGCAGGUUGCUCUGUGGACAACAUAAAUGUGAGAGUCCUUGUCACGCAGGAAAUUGUCCUCCCUGUCCAAGAGUCAGUAGACAAAAGUGUGUCUGUGGGAAACAAGCUGCUGAAAGGAGCUGCGCCAGUCCUCUGUGGCACUGUGAUCAAGUAUGUGGAAAAACACUACCAUGUGGUAAUCAUACCUGUGAGCAGGUUUGCCAUGUCGGUGCUUGUGGAGAAUGUCCUCGAUCUGGGAAGAGGUUCUGUCCAUGUCAGAAGUCAAAGUUUUCUUUGCCAUGUACAGAAGAUGUGCCAACUUGUGGAGACAGUUGUGACAAAGUACUUGAAUGUGGAAUCCACAGAUGUUCACAGCGUUGUCACCGAGGUCCUUGUGAAACAUGUAGACAAGAAGUGGAAAAGCAUUGUCGCUGUGGAAAGCAUACAAAACGAAUGCCAUGUCAUAAACCUUAUCUCUGUGAAACUAAGUGUGUUAAGAUGCGGGACUGUCAGAAGCAUCAGUGUAGGAGAAAGUGUUGCCCUGGGAACUGUCCACCUUGUGAUCAAAACUGUGGACGGACUUUAGGAUGUAGGAACCAUAAAUGUCCAUCUGUCUGCCAUAGAGGCAGUUGUUAUCCCUGUCCGGAAACUGUAGAUGUGAAGUGCAAUUGUGGUAGAACAAAAGUGACAGUGCCCUGUGGGCGGGAACGUACCACAAGACCACCCAAGUGCAAAGAGCAAUGCAGUCGACCACCAACUUGCCAUCAUACAAGUCAAGAAAAACAUCGCUGUCACUUUGGCUCUUGUCCUCCCUGUCAUCAGCCUUGCCAGAAAGUUUUGGAGAAAUGUGGUCACUUGUGUCCUGCUCCAUGUCAUGAUCAAGCAUUAAUAAAGCAAACUGGCAGGCACCAGCCUACAGGCCCUUGGGAACAGCCUUCUGAGCCAGCAUUUAUUCAGACUGCUUUACCUUGUCCUCCAUGUCAAGUUCCUAUUCCUAUAGAAUGUCUUGGGAAGCAUGAGGUCAGUCCACUACCAUGCCAUACUGUAGGACCCUACUCUUGUAAGAGAGUCUGUGGACGAACCUUAGAUUGUCAGAAUCAUUCAUGUGUGAAAGAAUGCCACAAAGUAACUGAAAUUGGCAAAAACAAGGCUGGCCCAGAAUGCCUCCGGUGUGAAGAAGGGUGCUCUAAAUCACGGCCUCUGGGUUGUCCCCAUCCAUGUGUUUUGCCAUGUCACCCUGGAGAGUGUCCUCCUUGUGUUCACAUGCUUAGAAUAAAAUGUCACUGCAAGAUCACAAGCCUGUAUGUGGAAUGUAGAAAAAUAACCAGUGCUGAUAUAAAUGAAAAGAAUCUCCUUAGUUGUUGUAAAAAUCAGUGUCCUAAAGAGCUUCCUUGUGGUCACAGAUGCAAAGAGAUGUGUCAUCCUGGUGAAUGUCCCUUUAAUUGCAACCAGAAGGUAAAACUUAGAUGUCCUUGUAAAAGAAUAAAAAAGGAAUUUCAGUGUAACAAAGUACGUGAAAAUCAGAUUUCAAUAGAAUGUGACACAACAUGCAAGGAAAUGAAACGGAAAGCAUCUGAGAUAAAAGAAGCAGAAGCCAAAGCUGCUCUUGAAGAGGAAAAACGAAGACAACAGGCGGAACUGGAGGCUUUUGAAAACAGACUGAAAGGGCGUCGGAAGAAGAACAGGAGAAGAGAUGAAGUGUCAGUGGAGCUGACGCUGUGGCAGAAGUACAAACACUACCUCCUUCCAGCCUGUGCUCUGGCGGUUUUAGCGUGUGCGUGGUACAUAGCCCAUACGUGGCCUGACAAGUUCUGAUCCGCUCACAUACCUCAGAUUGGGUCUGGAGAAGCUAAAUCUGGGACGUUAGGAAGUGUAUACUGUAGGACGUAUAUAUUCACUUGCAUCUCGGUGUUCUCUUCCAGCUGUUGUUAGAAGGACAGAAUGUUAAGCUUUAUCCUACUCAGCACACCAGAAGUGGCAGCGUAACACUGUUUAAUAGUAAAAGCAUGACUGAAGCUGUGCGAUCAGGCUUUCAUAAGUCAUAGCCAGUGGCAGGGCAACGUGUCAGUUCAGUGUGCUUCCUGUUAACACAGUUGUUUCAUUUACUAUUUCAAACCAACUUUCUUUUCUUUUCGCAAAAUCAAGAUGAAACUGAGCCAUAUGUGCAUUAAAAGGAAUAUUUCACGAUGUUUUGGUUACUUAUUAAAACGUUUUCUUGAUCAUGUUACUUUGUACUUAAAAAAUUAUUCUCUAAAAGACCUAUUAUAUUGUAACAUGAAGCUAUGAUUAGAUAUAAUUAGAUUCCAGAAAUUGGUUUAUUAGGGAGGAAUUUUUUAUCAGUUAUUGAAAUACAUUUUUAUGUAGUGGGUUUCUCUGAGGAAAAUAUCAUUGUUUUAAAAAAAUGUCAGGCUGGAUUUCUCACAUGUGGCUAUUUCUUGUGUAAGAAGCACUUAAUUGAAGUUUGGCAUGUUCUAUAAAACUUGUAUGUGUCUUCUCAAAGUAACAAAAGAAAAACUGCUAUUUAGGAGCAAUAGAUGCUUGAGCACAGGGCUUAGGAGCUUCCUAUACUUAUUCUCAUUUCUUCUUACUGUAUCCUGUAAGUAGAUUUCAACUGGAAAUAAUCCAUUCUUUUGAAAACAAGCUGAUAGAGAACUAUCAGUAAGCCAAAUCUGUUUGAAUUGUCAUUUUAAGUGGUUUUGCUAUUUAAUUUUUGUAUGGUUAAUGUUUUCAUUAAAAUUUUUCAUACCAAAUUUGUAACCUAGAAUAUUUACUAUUAUCUAAAUGAUUCAGGGUCCAAUAAUUUUAGGCUAGGUAUCAGUAUCAAUGUAUAAAAGCUCUAAUACUUGAUGCAAAACAUAGUUAAUUGGUAGAUACCAAAAAGUGUAGAAGUAGGUUGUAAACAGAAGUACAAAGGAUUUUUAAACUUUGCUGACUUUAAUUCAAAAAUUUUUCAUGGUCUAUACAUUUGUCUAGUGUUAGCUACUGCCUAGAAUGGAAAGGCAGUCAUUCUUUUCAUGAUGGCAUUUGUGUUUUGAUCUUAGAUUUUUUUUUUUUACCAUUUUCCAUGUUAGAGUAAUUGGGUUGGUGUUUCAGAAGCUCUAAAUCAGAGCUGCUACACUUAUCGUCAUUUCCUUUCUCUAAAAGAUGAGUAUUAAAGACUGUGAGCAACGGGGUGUCUACCUGGGGAGCCACUUUCUUGUAUCUCAGAAUCCUGGCCUAAUAAACAAGCCUAAAGCCUGUUUCCUA